CCCUGCUCCAAGCCCCAUCCCCUACCUCAAGCUCCCCAGUCCCUUCCUUGAGCCCCUAUCCCAUUCCUUGAGCCCCCAUCCCCUGCUCCAAGCCCCAUUCCCUGUCCCAAGCUUCCAUCCCCUUCCCUGAGCUCCCUACUCUGAGCCCCCCAUCCCUUUCCUUGAGCCCCCAUUCCCUGCCCCGUAUCCCUAUCCCCUGCCCUGAACCUGCUUUCCUGAGCCUCCCAUUCCCUCCCCUGAGCCCCCUUCCCUGAAUCCCCUAUUUGCUGCCCCGGAGCCCCCCAUCCCCUGCUCUCCACAAUGAUUUUGCUGAGCUGCUUCCUGCACCUGCGGCCCCGGCGCUGCAGCCCCUUGGCCGGGCUGGGCAGGGGGCUCGGCCCCGCAGCGGGGUCCCGCAGGGCUCUGCGGGUGCUGGUGGACAUGGACGGGGUGCUGGCUGACUUCGAGGGAGGCUUCCUCAAGAAAUUCAGGGCCAGGUACCCCGACAAGCCCUACAUUGCCCUGGAGGACCGGAGGGGCUUCUGGGUGUCGGAGCAGUACGGGCGCCUGGGACCCGAGCUGAGUGAGAAAGCCAUCAGCAUCUGGGAAUCCAAAAACUUCUUCAUUGAGCUGGACCCUCUCCCUGGGGCUGUGGAAGCUGUGAAGCAAAUGGCAAAUUUGGCAGACACUGACGUGUUCAUCUGCACGAGCCCGAUCAAGAAGUACCGGUACUGCCCUUAUGAGAAGUAUGCCUGGGUGGAGAAGCACUUCGGCCCCGAAUUUCUUGAGCAGAUUGUUUUGACACGAGAUAAGACGGUGGUUUCUGCUGAUCUGCUUAUAGAUGACAGACCUGAUAUAACAGGGGCAGAGCAGAACCCCACCUGGGAGCAUGUGCUCUUCACUGCCUGCCACAACAAGCACCUGCAGCUGAAGCCCCCCAGCCGCCGGCUGCACUCCUGGUCUGAUGACUGGAAGGCCAUUCUGGACAGCAAACGCCUCCCACCUGGCCAGGCCACCUAAACACCAGCCCCCACGGCCACCCAGGGCUGCAGCCACCUGCCUGUGUCCGUGUGGAGUCCUGCUGAAGGCCAGAAACACAGAUGGACAGACAGACAGAUGCUGUCUCUGCUGCAGAGAGGAGGAGGAGGGUGAGCUGAAGCACCAGAGUCACCUGGACUUGAAAAACAGAUCCCAGCCCAUCCCUGCCACAAGAGAGCAACAGCAGGAUUGUGCCUGUGGAGCUGACAGCCUGGCUGGAGGGCAUUUCCCACUGGCUCCUGGGGUCUUUGUGCUGCAUCUGCACCUCCCACAGGGCCAGCCCAGCGUUUCUGAUGGACAAGGUCACCCUCAGCGUGUCACUGCCCUUGCCUGGGUGCACUGCAUGGCACAGAUCAGCUCUCCAUCCUCCCUCUGCAUCAUGGUCAGGGAUCAUGUGUGUGGUUUGUUUAGUCCUUGCAAGGCUUCAUUCCAAGGAUCUGCCUCAGGAGGUCCUUCCCACUGGCAGGGCCUGGAUCUGGGGAGAGGGGUGGCUGGAAGGGCAGGGAGAGCAGGCAGGUGCUGUCCAGGCUCCCUGUGCUGGGGUUUUGUUGGUGGAGGAUUGUCACAAACACAUCCAUGGGUGCUGUCUGCAGUUCUCACAUACUGCAAGGAAAGAUGUUAGGGGGAUGUUGCUACUAAAGGCUUGGGGAGCUGGUUUCAGCCAGGGUAGAGUUAAUUUUCUUCACACAAAAUAUAGCACCAUACAAGCCACUGUGAAAAAAAUCAACUCUACCCUGGCCAAAAGCAGCAUGGCAGCCCAUGAGAGGUGCCCACGAGCUGCAUCACAGGGUAGUUCUGCAGCUCCACCAUGGUCCUAGCCCUGGAUGUCUGGCGACAGAGUGUGCUUCCAGCCCCAUUGCCCUGGCUCUGGGCCCCUGCAGAGAGGCAAAGCCCCAGGGAUGAGCUGGGUGUUUCACUGCUGACACCAUAGAAGCUAUCAUACCCUGCUGCUGCGUGUCCCCACGCUGUUCAGGAUCCCACUGCCCUCCUGGCACAAGGACUUGCUGGCUGCAGCAGUAAAAUUCUGCACUUGGACACAUAGCCCCACAGGCAGGGGUGGCAGCCAGGGUUUGCUGCACUCCAUACUCACACCUGUGCUUUGCCUCUCCCCUCUCCUGUGAGCCCCCAUCAACAAAAGUACAUGAAUGUAAAGCUACACAACCAACAAAUAAUGGAAUUCAUCAGAGGCAGCCAGACCCCUCCUGUAUCCAGGACCAGAGAGGUUCUGAAGUUGGUGAUUUGGAACUUGUGCCUUCCCUGGGUGUUGCAGGGCCAGGGAUGGGGCCUGUGUCAGCUUGGGGCUUGCCCUGUUUCUUGGGAUGGGAAUUUACAAAGUCAGCAUGGUUGAUCCAAGGCAGUGGCACUUACAUACCACAAGCAUGCUUUUUUCUUUCUAUUUUUUUUUCAUUUUUCUUUCCUGUUUAAACCACUGUGUGCUGCUCUGGGUGGUAGGUUUGGUUUGGAGGGGUCUAUUUGGGACGUCCAGCUGCCUGAGGUGCAGCCUUCUGGCCAAGAGCUGCCUUGGCUGGAGGGUUUGCAGGCUGGGAACUGGGACAGUGUGGGAGCACCAUGGGCAGCUGCUGCAGCUGCUGGAUAUCAGGAACCCCUUGGCUCCACCAGACCUCCACCGGCUGUUGGCCCCUCUGUGUAGCCAGGGUGACUUCAUGGGGUCCAAGCUGAUUUUUUUCUAAUGGUAUCAUGUAAAUAUGAGCUGCCCAAGCUCCCCAGAGCCUACUCCCUGCUCAUUGAGCCAAAACAAGCUGGCACUUUGCUCCAGCAGCUGCCCCAUCCUGUCAUCUUCCCCCAAGGCUGGGGCAGACCCAAGGGAUGUGGCUCUCUGGGGCCAGCAGGGUUUUUCCCUGUGGUGAGAUGUGAUGCCAGAGAGACCGUGUGGCUUCACACCAACUAUACUUGAAAGCAGAGCUGGAGUUUCUCAUGCCUGAGGCUCCAACUCCAUGCACAGAGAUCCUGAGAUGGUAGCUGGACUCUUUGCUCCCACACUCGGGACCGGGAAGUGAUCGGCUCAUUUGUUGUUCAAGCCUGUCUGUGUCCAGCUGAGAUACACAGAGCUUUUAUUUUUGAAUGUACAUCUAAUAAACCCGAGGCAAAUGAGGAGCACUGCAAUAAACACUGGGUUGUUUGGCAUCCAGCUGCCUAGAAAUGGA